CGAUGUGCGAUUGCGGAAUUUUUUUUUUCAUAAUCUCAUUAUGAGUUGGCUCACUCUAGAAGAUAUGGUGACGGAGACCCACAACAGACACAAUGGCGAGUGUGCUAUAGGGCAGGUGAGAACACAACACAUCAACACAGUGAUCGGGUCUACGCUAUGGACAUAAGCGAUAUUACAGUUGCUGGCUUUCAGUUCGGCCAUCUGAUCCUCGCCUUUCUGAUCAGCGCCAUAUUUCUAUUCAUCCUUUACUGGCUGUGGACAUGUCCAUGCAGGGAGGAAGAAGAGCCAAAGAGCCACAGGACCAUCCUGCCAGCACAGGCUGUCAAGCCUCUGUACGCCCUGGAGCUGGAGCCAGGCAUUGUUGUCUUACAGAGUGAGGAUGGUGAGUUCUUCAGGAUACUCAGGGAGUACGACUCGGCCGACAGAACCGGAAACGGAUGCAAGGCUCCGGAACUUCCUAGCUGCUCCUCGGAAAACCGAUACAUCCCAUCCUACACGCAUGCGCAUUACCAGACCCAGCCGAGUGGGGUCCCUGCCUACACGCCCUACCAGGCACAACCCAGCGCCCCCCUGCUCUCUGACCAUGACCCUGGUCACCAAGGUCCGUUCAAAGAUGGCGCAGGUUGGGCUCCUAUUCGGAUCUCCACUCCACGCUACUGAUGGAUGAACUGGUGGUUUGAUUUGAUUUUUAUUUUAUUUUGACUUUACAUGGGGAAAAUUUUUACACAUUUUAUUUUGUUUUGACAUGUUUUAAAAACUUUAUAUGGGGAAAAUUUCUACACAUUUUAUUUUGUUUUGACAUGUUUUAAAAACUUUAUAUGGGGAAAACUUUCACACAUUUUAUUUUUCAUAUCAUUGGUAUAUAGAUGUACUCGACUUGAUAUUUAAGGGUUUUAAAAUAAGCUAUUAUUUUAUAGAUUUAUUUAAUACUUUAGCGGUUAAAAAUAAACUUCUGUUUUAUAGCGCUAUUUAAUAUUUAGUGGUUUCACAAAAAAACUUUGUUAUACGGUUGAUAUAAGGUUUA